CCUGUACACAAGACCGUCUGUACUACUGCACGUCAUGAUGAGCAUCUGAUUUUCACAAACCAGUCUGUUCAGCUGCAGUAUGUCAGAGGAGAGAGGAAAGGACUCUCCAGCUGAGAUCAGUCUCUCGGAGAAACAGAGUGUAAGAUCAGGAUCACAUGUGUCCAGCUCUGUGUCUGUGAAGAGUGACCAUUCAAAAGGAGGUGUGCCACCAGACUUCAGUGAGAAAAAAAACUCAUCUACCAAAAGUGUAAGAUCAGGCUCACAUGUGCUCAGCUCUGUGUCUGUGAAGAGUGACCGUUCAAAGGGAGGUGUGCCACCGGACUUAAGUGAGAAAAAAACAUCUACCAAAAGGCUUCAGUAUGAGACAUUAGAUCCAGAUGUCCAGACUCACAGAAACAAGAAUUUCCUGUGGAUCUUCAAGGAUAUUGAAAGCAAAAUAAUCACAUUUCUGAAGAAUGAACUGGAAAAGUUUAAGAAAAUAUUGCAAAAAGAAGACUUUCAAUACUUGGUGAAGGAUUUUAAUGAGAACAUAUGCAGUAUCAAAGAAGCAGCUCUCGAUCUCACACUCUACUUCCUGAGAGAGAUGAAGCAAGAUGAAGCUGCUGAUACUUUAGAAGAUGAGCUGAUCUUUGUUCAUCAGCUAAAAUGUAGCCUAAAGAAAAGGUAUCAAUAUGUAUUUGAAGGAAUUGCAAAGCAAGGUGACUCCACACUUCUGAAUAACAUCUACACAGAUCUUUAUAUCACUCAGGGUUGUAGUGAACAGGUCAAUACUGAACAUGAAGUAAGACAGAUUGAAGUUGCUUCCAGACGUUCUGAAUCACAGGAGGUACAAAUUGAGUGCACAAACAUGUUUGAAUCACCUGAACAAGACAAGCAGGUCAGAACUGUACUAACAAAAGGAGUUGCUGGAAUCGGAAAAUCAGUCUCUGUGCAAAAGUUUGUUUUGGAUUGGGCAGAAGGAAAAGAAAAUCAGAAUAUCAGCUUCAUAUUUCCUCUUCCUUUCCGGGAGAUUAACUUAAAGGAAAAAGAAAAACAAAGUUUGUUGGACCUUAUAACUCAGUUUUUCCCAGAGACAAAAGGACUGAACAUUGCAAGAAGAAACCAAAAAGUCCUGUUCAUCCUUGAUGGAUUGGAUGAAUUUCGUCUUCCUCUAAAGUUUGAUGUUAAUGAGACAUGGUCUGAUGUAUCGUCACCAGCCUCUCUGGAUGUUCUCCUCACAAACCUCAUCAAGGGAAAUCUGCUUCCUUCUGCUCUCAUCUGGAUCACCACCAGACCAGCAGCUGCCAGUAAGAUUCCUCCUGACUAUAUUGAUCGGCUGACAGAGGUACGAGGAUUCAGUGAUGCACAGAAGGAGGAGUAUUUCAAAAAAAGAUUUGAAGAUCAGAAUCAGGCCAAAGAAAUCACAGAUCAUGUUAAACAAUCAAAGAUUCUGUUUAUCAUGUGCCACAUCCCAGUCUUCUGCUGGAUUUCAGCCACUGUUCUCCAGAACAUUUUGUUUGAAAAAAGAAAUAAUUAUCUGAAAAACUAUCAGGGUGAUGACGCCUCCAAAACACUGCAGGAAUCAAACACUGAAGACACUCCUAAGACUCUGACACAAAUGUACAUACACUUUCUCCGCUUUCAGAUCCUGCAGAGCAGACGGAAGUAUGAUGGAGAAUACACACCAGAUGUUUCCUGGGAUAAAGAUGCCAUCCUUUCACUGGGGAAACUGGCAUUUCAACAGCUGGAAAGAAACAACCUGAUCUUCUAUGAUACAGAUCUGGAAGCCUGUGGUAUUGAUGUUUGUAAAGCAUCAGUGUAUUCAGGCAUGUGUACCCAGAUCUUUAAGGAGGAAACAGGGAUCAUUCUUGGUACCAUGUACUGCUUUGUUCACUUGAGCAUUCAAGAGUUUAUUGCAGCCCUUUAUGCACAUCUGUUUCUAGACAUCAACAAGAAAAGUGUGAUUUUUCAAGACUCUACAGUACAGGAAAACAAAAAUGAAGCCAUGAUUGAUUUGCUCAAAACUGCAGUGGAUAAGGCACUUGAGAGUGACAAUGGACACUUGGAUCUUUUUCUUCGUUUCCUUCUUGGUUUGUCACUCCAGUCCAAUCGGCUACUCUUACGAGGUCUGUUGACACAGCAAGAUGACAAUGACCAAAGCAAAAAGGAAAUAGUUCAGUACAUCAAGCAGAAAUUAGAAGCUAAUAUGUCUCCAGAGAGAUCCAUCAAUCUGUUCUACUGUCUGAAUGAACUGAACAAUCAAACUCUGGUGAAAGAGAUUCAGACUCACCUUAGCAAAGGAAGUCUCUCAUCUGCUGAUCUUUCUCCUGCCCAGUGGUCUGAUGUGGCCUUUGUGUUGUUGACAUCAGAGGAGGAGCUGGAGGAGUUUGAGCUUCAGAAAUUCAAGAAGUCAGACGAGUGUCUUGUUAGAUUAUCAGCAGUCAUCAAAACCUCCAAAAGAGCUCUCCUGAAUGAUUGUGACUUAACAGACAGAAGCUGUUCAGCUCUGGCUACAAUUCUUGGAUCAGAUACCAAUCUGAAAGAACUGAACAUGAACAAUAAUAAUCUGCAGGAUUCAGGAGUGAAGCUGCUCUGCACUGGAUUGGAGAAUAUAAAGUGUGAACUGGAGAUACUGAGUAAGUUGUGUGAUAAUAGACAAAAACUGAUCUCAACCAAACUUAAAGAUUGUGAUUUAGUUUUACAUAUUCUUUACAAAAUGUUCAUUCAAUUCCUGAUUAAUCAGUUGAAUUUUCAUUCUUGUUCUAGACUUUCAGACUGUAGUAUCACUGAAGAAGGUUAUACAGCUCUGGCUUCAGCUCUGAGAUCAAACCCUUCACACCUGAUAGAGCUGGAUCUCACAGGAAAUGAUCCUGGACAAUCAGGAGUGAAGGAGCUCAAUGAUUUACUACAGGAUCCAAACUAUUCACUGAAGACACUGAGGUUUUUGGGUCCUGCUGCAGAUGAAGCCUGUCAGUAUGUGACUGGAAUUGUGGGUAAAAACCUGUUACUCCUUAGAGAACUGAAUCUGAGUGAACAUGAACUAGGAGACACACGAGUGAAUCAGAUCACUGCUCUACUGCAGGAUAAACACUGUAAACUCAACACACUGAUUCUGCGUAAAUGUGGUCUAACAGAGGAAAGUUGUUCAGCUCUCGCUACAGUCCUGAGAUCAAACUCCAGUCUGAAAGAACUUGACAUGAGCAACAAUAAUCUGCAGGAUUCAGGAGUGAAGAAACUCCAGAACGGAUUAGAAGAUACAAACUGUGCACUGCAGAAACUCAGACUUUCAGACUGCAGUAUCACUGAAGAAGGUUAUAAAGCUCUGGCUUCAGCUCUGAGAUCAAACCCUUCACACCUGAUAGAGCUGGAUCUCAGAGGAAAUGAUCCUGGACCAUCAGGAGUUAAGCAGCUCAGUGAUUUACUACAGGAUGAAUGCUGUAAAUCGAAGUCCAUCAGGUUUCUGAAAAGUCCUGCUGCACAGGAAGCAUGUGAUUAUCUCACUAAAGUUCUGGGUAAAAGUCCAUUACUAUUGACAGAACUGGAUCUGAGUGAAGAUAAAUUAGGAGACAUGGAUGGGGAGAAACUCUCUGCUCUUUUGAUGGACUCUCAUAACAAAGUGGAAAAAAUGAAGCUGAAUAAUAACAGCAUUACUGCAGAAGGUUGUGUUGCUCUGACUUCAGCAUUUAAUUCAAAUCCUUCAAACCUGAUAGAGCUGGAUCUGAGUGGGAAUAAACUAGAAAACUCAGGAAUUGAGAAAAUCUGUCCUCUGUUGGAAAAUACACUAUGCGGAUUAGAGAAACUGAAACUUUCAGACUGCAGUAUCACUGAAGAAGGUUAUAAAGCUCUGGCUUCAGCUCUGAGAUCAAACCCUUCACACCUGAUAGAGCUGGAUCUCACAGGAAAUGAUCCUGGACAAUCAGGAGUGAAGCAGCUCGAUGAUUUACUACAGGGUGGAUGCUGUAAAUUAAAGACCAUCAGACUUUCAGACUGCAGUAUCACUGAAGAAGGUUAUAAAGCUCUGGCUUCAGCUCUGAGAUCAAACCCUUCACACCUGAUAGAGCUGGAUCUCACAGGAAAUGAUCCUGGACAAUCAGGAGUGAAGCAGCUCAGUGAUUUACUACAGAGUCAAUACUACUCACUGAAGACACUGAGACUCUCAGACUGCAGUAUCACUGAAGAAGGUUAUAAAGCUCUGGCUUCAGCUCUGAGAUCAAACCCUUCACACCUGAUAGAGCUGGAUCUCACAGGAAAUGAUCCUGGACAAUCAGGAGUGAAGCAGCUCAGUGAUUUACUACAGGAUCCAAACUAUUCGCUGAAAACACUAAGUCUGAAUAACAGCGAUAUCACAGAAGAAGAUUGUCAUGCUCUGACUGAAGCUUUAAAUUCAAACCCUUCAAAUCUGGCAGAACUGAAUCUGAGUGGAACUAAACUCAGAAACUCAGGAAUGAAGUUCUUCUCGACUCUGUUUAAGAAUGAACAGUGUAGGCUGAAAAAACUGAAGUUUAAUUGCAUCAGUAUUACAGCAGAAGGUUGUGCCACUCUGGCGUCAGCAUUUAAUUCAAACCCUUCAAACCUGAUAGAGCUGGAUCUGAGUGGAAAUAAACUAGAAAACUCUGGAGUGACUGAAAUCUCAACUCUACUGACAAACUCUCAGUGCACAAUUCAGAUACUCAGUCUUUCAGACUGCAGUAUCACUGAAGAAGGUUAUCUAGCUCUGGCUUCAGCUCUGAGAUCAAACCCUUCACACCUGAUAGAGCUGGAUCUCAGAGGAAAUGAUCCUGGACCAUCAGGAGUGAAGCUGCUCAGUGAUUUACUACAGGAUCCAAACUAUUCACUGAAAACACUGAGGUUUUUGGGUCCUGCUGCAGAUGAAGCCUGUCAGUAUGUGACUGGAAUUGUGGGUAAAAACCCGUUACUCCUGAGAGAGCUGAAUCUGAGUGAAUGUGAACUAGAAGACACACGAGUGAAUCAGAUCGCUGCUCUACUGCAGGAUAAACACUGUAAACUCAACACACUGAUACUUUCAGACUGCAGUAUCACUGAAGAAGCAUAUAAAGCUCUGGCUUCAGCUCUGAGAUCAAACCCUUCACACCUGAUAGAGCUGGAUCUCAGAGGAAAUGAUCCUGGACAAUCAGGAGUGAAGGAGCUUGAUGAUUUACUACAGGAUGGACGCUAUAAAUUGAAGACCAUCAGGCUGAAUAAUUGUGAGCUGACAGAAAAAAGCUGUUCAGUUCUAGCUACUGUUCUCUCCUCCAAAACCAUCCUGAAAGAGAUGAACCUGAACAACAGCCGUCUGCUGGACUCAGGAGCCAAAGAGAUCUGUGAGGGACUGAAGAAUCUUGUGUGUGAACUGAAGAUACUCAAUCUUUCAGACUGCAGUAUCACUGAAGAAGGUUAUACAGCUCUGGCUUCAGCUCUGAGAUCAAACCCUUCACACCUGAUAGAGCUGGAUCUCACAGGAAAUGAUCCUGGACCAUCAGGAGUGAAGCAGCUCAAUGAUUUACUACAGGAUCCAGACUGUGAACUGAAGACACUGAGGUUUUUGAGUCCUGCUGCAGAUGAAGCCUGUCAGUAUGUGACUGGAAUUGUGGGUAAAAACCCGUUACUCCUGAGAGAGCUGAAUCUGAGUGAAAAGAAGCUAGGAGACAAACAAAUGGAUCAGAUUGCUGCUCUACUGUGGGAUAAACACUGUAAACUCAACACACUGAUGUUGAAUAAUAACAGCAUUACUGCAGAAGGUUGUGUUGCUCUGACUUCAGCAUUUAACUCAAAUCCUUCAAACCUGAUAGAGCUGGAUCUGAGUGGAAAUAAACUAGAAAACUCAGGAAUUGAGAAAAUCUGUCCUCUGUUGGAAAAUGCACAAUGCAGAUUAGAGAAACUGAAACUUUCAGAUUGUAGUAUUACUGAAGAAGGAUAUAAAACUUUGACUUCAUCUCUGAAGUCAAACUCACACCUGACAGAGCUGGAUCUUAGAGGAAAUUAUCCCGGACAAUCAGGAGUGGAGGGGCUCAUUGAUUUACAGCGGGGUGGAUGCUGUAAAUUACAGACCAUCAGGUUUUUGAAAAGUCCAGCUGCACAGGAAGCGUGUGAGUAUCUCACUGAAGUGCUGGGUGUAAAUCCAUUAGUACUAAAAGAACUGGAUCUGAGUGAGGAUAAAUUAGGAGACCUGGAUGGAGAGAAACUCUCUGCUCUUUUGAUGGACUCUCAUAGCAAACUGGAGAAAAUGAAGCUGAAUAAUUGUGAGCUGACAGAGAAAAGUUUAAUUCUAGCUACUGUUCUCUCCUCCAAAACCAUCCUGAAAGAGAUGAACCUGAACCACAGCCGUCUGCUGGACUCAGGAGUCAAAGAGAUCUGUGAGGGACUGAAGAAUCCUGUGUGUGAGCUGAAGAUACUCAAACUUUCAGACUGCAGUAUCAGUGAAGAAGGUUAUAAAGCUCUGGCUUCAGCUCUGAGAUCAAACCCUUCACACCUGAUAGAGCUGGAUCUCAGAGGAAAUGAUCCUGGACAAUCAGGAGUGAAGCAGCUCAGUGAUUUACUACAGGAUCCAAACUGUCAACUGAAGACACUGAGGUUUGUGGGUCCUGCUGCAGAUGAAGCCUGUCAGUAUGUGACUGGAAUUGUGGGUAAAAACCCGUUACUCCUGAGAGAGCUGAAUAUGAGUGAAAUUGAACUAGGAGACACAAACAUGAAGCGGCUCGCUGCUCUACUGCAGGAUAAGCACUUUAAACUCAACACACUGAUUCUGAAUAACAGCAAUAUCACAGAAGAAGAUUGUCGUUUAUUGGCUGCAGCUUUAAAUUCAAACCCUUCGAAUCUGACAGAGCUGAAUCUGAGUCAGACUACACUCAAAAAUUCAGUAAUGAAGUUCUUCUCGACUCUGUUUAAGAAUGAACAGUGUAGACUGAAAACACUGAAGUUUAAUUGCAUCAGUAUUACAGCAGAAGGUUGUGCUGCUCUGACUUCAGCAUUUAAUUCAAACCCUUCAAACCUGAUAGAGCUGGAUCUGAGUGGAAAUAAACUAGAAAACUCUGGAGUGACUGAAAUCUCCAGUCUACUGGAAAACUCUCAGUGUACACUGCAGAUACUCAGACUCUCAAACUGCAGUAUCACUGAAGAAGGUUAUAAAGCUCUGGCUUCAGCUCUGAGAUCAAACCCUUCACACCUGAUAGAGCUGGAUCUCACAGGAAAUGAUCCUGGACAAUCAGGAGUGAAGGAGCUUGAUGAUUUACUACAGGAUCAAAACUAUAAUCUAAAACUGAGGUGAAAUGUGAUGAGAUAAUACAAAAAUAAAUUAUAUGCAGUUGAAUUAUUAAUAAAAAUAUUAUUUCACAAAUAAUGUCUGCUGCUCAAGAUACAAUUUCUUCACAGUAUUGUAGCUGAAAUCAACUGAAGAUUGUUUCCUGUCUUUGUUUUCUUUCUCUGCAGGCUGAAUAAUAACAGCAUUACAGAAGAAGGUUGUGCUGCUCUGACUUCAGCAUUUAAUUUAAAUCCUUCAAACCUGAUCGAGCUGGAUCUGAGUGGAAAUACACUAGAAAACUCAGGAAUGAAAAAGAUCUUUCAUCUGGUAGAAAACAAACAAUGCAGAUUAGAAAAGCUGAAAGUUUCAGACUGCAGUGUCACUGAAGAAGGUUAUCUAGCUCUGGCUUCAGCUCUGAGAUCAAACCCUUCACACCUGAUAGAGCUGGAUCUCACAGGAAAUGAUCCUGGACAAUCAGGAGUGAAGCAGCUCAGUGAUUUACUACAGGAUGGACACUAUAAAUUGAAGACCAUCAGGUUUUUGAAAAGUCCUGCUGCAGAGGAAGCGUGUGACUAUCUUACUAAAUUACUGGGUACAAGUCCAUUAUUACUGAAAGAACUGGAUCUGAGUGAAGAUAAAUUAGGAGAUCUGGAUUGGGAGAAACUCUCUGCUCUUUUGAUGGACUCUCACAGCAAACUGGAGAAAUUGAAGCUGAGUAAUUGUGAGCUGACAGAGAAAAGCUGUUCAGUUCUAGCUACUGUUCUCUCCUCCAAAACCAUCCUGAAAGAGAUGAACCUGAACAACAGCCGUCUGCUGGACUCAGGAGUCAAAGAGAUCUGUGAGGGACUGAAGAAUCCUGUGUGUGAGCUGGAGAUACUCAAACUUUCAGACUGCAGUAUCAGUGACGAAGGUUAUCUAGCUCUGGCUUCAGCUCUGAGAUCAAACCCUUCACACCUGAUAGAGCUGGAUCUGACAGGAAAUGAUCCUGGACAAUCAGGAGUGAAGCAGCUUGAUGAUUUACUACAGGAUCCAGACUGUCAGCUGAAGACACUGAGGUUUUUGGGUCCUGCUGCAGAUGAAGCCUGUCAGUAUGUGAAUAGAGUUCUGGGUGAAAACCUGUUACUGCUGAGAGAGCUGAAUCUGAGUGAACAUGAACUAGGACUCUCAGGAUUGAAGGAACUUACUAUGGUACUGCAGGACAAACACUGUAAACUCAACACAAUGAUGUUUAAUUGCAUCAGUAUUACAGCAGAAGGUUGUGCUGCUCUGACUUCAGCAUUUAAUUCAAACCCUUCAAACCUGAUAGAGCUGGAUCUGAGUGGAAAUAAACUAGAAAACUCAGGAGUGACUGAAAUCUCCACUCUACUGGAAAACUCUCAGUGUACACUGCAGAUACUCAGACUUUCAGACUGCAGUAUCACUGAAGAAGGUUAUAAAGCUCUGGCUUCAGCUCUGAGAUCAAACCCUUCACACCUGAUAGAGCUGGAUCUCACAGGAAAUGAUCCUGGACCAUCAGGAGUGAAACAGCUCAGUGAUUUACUACAGGAUGGGCGCUAUAAAUUGAACACCAUCAGGUUUCUGAAAAGUUCUGCUGCACAUGAAGCAUGUGAUUAUCUCACUAAAGUUCUGGGUAAAAGUCCAUUAUUACUGAAAGAACUGGAUCUGAGUGAAGAUAAAUUAGGAGAUCUGGAUGGAGAGAAGCUCUCUGCUCUUUUGAUGGACUCUCAUAGCAAACUGGAGAAAAUGAAGCUGAAUAAUUGUAAGCUGACAGAGAAAAGCUGUUCAGUUCUAGCUACUGUUCUCUCCUCCAAAACCAUCCUGAAAGAGAUGAACCUGAACAACAGCCGUCUGCUGGACUCGGGAGUCAAAGAGAUCUGUGAGGGUCUGAGGAAGCCUGUGUGUGAACUGAAGAUACUCAAGCUAAGUAAGUGUGAUCUAACAGAUGAAAGCUGUUCAGCUCUUGCUUCGGUUCUCAGUUCAGACUCCAGCAGUCUGAAGGAUCUUGACCUGAGCAAUAAUAAUCUGCAGGAUUCAGGAGUGAAGCUGCUCUCAGACGGGCUGAAAGAGAACUGUAAGCUAGAGAAGCUCUGUCUUUCAGACUGCAGUAUCACUGAAGAAGGUUAUAAAGCUCUGGCUUCAGCUCUGAGAUCAAACCCUUCACACCUGAUAGAGCUGGAUCUCAGAGGAAAUGAUCCUGGACAAUCAGGAGUGAAGCAGCUCAAUGAUUUACUAGAGGAUCCAGACUGUCAACUGAAGACACUGAGGUUUUUGAGUCCUGCUGCAGAUGAAGCCUGUCAGUAUGUGACUGGAAUUGUGGGUAAAAACCCGUUACUCCUGAGAGAGCUGAAUCUGAGUGAACGUGAACUAGAAGACACACGAGUGAAUCAGAUCUCUGCUCUACUGAAGGAUAGACACUGUAAACUCAACACACUGACACUUUCAGGCUGCAGUGUCACUGAAGAAGGUUAUAAAACUCUGAGUUCAUCUCUGAAGUCAAACUCAAACCUGAUAGAGCUGGAUCUCACAGGAAAUUAUCCUGGAAAAUCUGGAGUGCAGGGUCUCAUUAAUUUACUGCGGGGUGGAUGCUGUAAAUUAAAGAUUGUCAGGUUUUUGAAAAGUUCAGCUGCACAGGAAGCGUGUGACUAUCUGAGUCAAGUUCUUGGUACAAAUCCAUUAGUACUAACUGAACUGGAUCUGAGUGAAGAUAAAUUAGGAGAUCUGGAUGGGGAGAAGCUCUCUGCUCUUUUGAUGGACUCUCAUAGUAAAAUAGAGAAAAUGAAGCUGAAUAAUUGUAAGCUGACAGAGAAAAGCUGUUCAGUUCUAGCUACUGUUCUCUCCUCCAAAACCAUCCUGAAAGAGAUGAACCUGAACAACAGCCGUCUGCUGGACUCAGGAGUCAAAGAGAUCUGUGAGGGACUGAAGAAAUCUAAGCUAAAGAUAUUAAAACUUUCAAACUGCUGUAUCACUGAAGAAGGUUAUAAAGCUCUGGCUUCAGCUCUGAGAUCAAACCCUUCACACCUGAUAGAGCUGGAUCUCACAGGAAAUGAUCCUGGACAAUCAGGAGUGAAGCAGCUCAGUGAUUCACAAAAGGGAUGGGGUAUUUUAUCAAAAACACUGAAAACACUGAGGUUUUUAGGUCCUGCUGCAGAUGAAGCCUGUCAGAUUGUGACUGGAAUUGUGGGUAAAAACCCGUUACUCCUGAGAGAGCUGAAUCUGAGUGAAAGUGAACUAGGAGACACACGAGUGAAUCAGAUCUCUGCUCUACUGCAGGAUAAACACUGUAAACUCAACACACUGACUCUGCGCAAGUGUGGUCUAACAGAGAAAAGCUGUUCAGCUCUCGCUACAGUCCUGAGAUCAAACUCCAGUCUGAAAGAACUUGACAUGAGCUACAAUAAUCUGCAGGAUUCAGGAGUGAAGAAACUCCAGAACGGAUUAGAAGAUACAAACUGCACACUGCAGAAACUCAGACUUUCAGACUGCAGUAUCACUGAAGAAGGUUAUAAAGCUCUGGCUUCAGCUCUGAGAUCAAACCCUUCACACCUGAUAGAGCUGGAUCUCAGAGGAAAUGAUCCUGGACAAUCAGGAGUGAAGCAGCUCAGUGGUUUACUACAGGAUCCAAACUGUCAGCUGAAGACACUGAGGUUUUUGGGUCCUGCUGCAGAUGAAGCCUGUCAGUAUGUGACUGGAAUUGUGGGUAAAAACCCGUUACUCCUGAGAGAGCUGAAUCUGAGUGAACGUGAACUAGAAGACACACGAGUGAAUCAGAUCUCUGCUCUACUGAAGGAUAGACACUGUAAACUCAACACACUGACGCUAAAUAAUAACAGUAUUACAGAAAAAGGUUGUGCUGCUCUGACUUCAGUGUUUAUUUCAAAUCCUUCAAACCUGAUAGAGCUGGAUCUGAGUGGAAAUAAACUGGGAAACUCUGGAAUCGAGAUGAUCUGUGUUCUGUUGAGAAAUCCACAAUGUAGCUUGAAGAAACUGAAACUUUCAGGCUGCAGUAUCACUGAAGAAGGUUAUAAAACUCUGACUUCAUCUCUGAAGUCAAACUCAAACCUGAUAGAGCUGGAUCUCACAGGAAAUUAUCCUGGAAAAUCAGGAGUGCAGGGUCUCAUUGAUUUACUGCGGGGUGGAUGCUGUAAAUUAAAGACUGUCAGGUUUUUGACAAGUCCAGCUGCACAGGAAGCGUGUGACUAUCUGAGUCAAGUUCUUGGUACAAAUCCAUUUGUACUAACUGAACUGGAUCUGAGUGAAGAUAAAUUAGGAGAUCUGGAUGGAGAGAAACUCUCUGCUCUUUUGAAGGACUCUCAUAGUAAAAUAGAGAAAAUAAAGCUGAAUAAUUGUGAGCUGACAGAGAAAAGCUGUUCAGUUCUAGCUACUGUUCUCUCCUCCAAAACCAUCCUGAAAGAGAUGAACCUGAACAACAGCCGUCUGCUGGACUCAGGAGUCAAAGAGAUCUGUGAGGGACUGAAGAAAUCUAAGCUAAAGAUAUUAAAACUUUCAAACUGCUGUAUCACAGAAGAAGGUUAUAAAGCUCUGGCUUCAUCUCUGAGAUCAAACUCACACCUGAUAGAGCUGGAUCUCACAGGAAAUGAUCCUGGACAAUCAGGAGUGAAGCAGCUCAGUGAUUCACAAAAGGGAUGGGGUAUUUUAUCAAAAACACUGAAAACUCUGAGGUUUUUGGGUCCUGCUGCAGAUGAAGCCUGUCAGUAUGUGACUGGAAUUGUGGGUAAAAACCCGUUACUCCUGAGAGAGCUGAAUCUGAGUGAACAUGAACUAGGAGACACACGAGUGAUUCAGAUCUCUGCUCUACUGCAGGAUAAACACUGUAAACUCAACACACUGACGUUAAGAGGCUGUGAUAUAACAGAUGAAGGUUGUUCUGCUCUGACUUCAGCUCUGGGAUCAAACCCAUCACACCUGAGAGAACUGGACCUCAGUGUGAAUAAACUAGGAGACUCUGGAGUGAAAAACCUCAGUGAUCUACUGAAGAACCCACAAUUCAAGCUGGAAAUACUAGCUCUGUGUGGAUGCAGUAUUACAGAGAAACAGUGUCUCAUCCUGACUUCAGCUCUGUGUUCAAACCUUUCACACCUGAGAGCGCUGGACCUGAGUGGAAAUAAACUAGAAAACAAAGGAGUGAAGCAUGUAUCUGAAACACUGAAGGAUGUACGCUGUAAACUGGAGAGAUUGAGGUUAAGAGGCUGUGAUAUAACAGAUGAAGGUUGUUCUGCUCUGACUUCAGCUCUGGGAUCAAACCCAUCACACCUGAGAGAACUGGACCUCAGUGUGAAUAAACUAGGAGACUCUGGAGUGAAAAACCUCAGUGAUCUACUGAAGAACCCACAAUUCAAGCUGGAAAUACUAGCUCUGUGUGAAUGCAGUAUUAAAGAGAAACAGUGUGUCUUCCUGACUUCAGCUCUGAAAUCAAACCCAUCACACCUGAGAGAACUGAACCUCAGUGGGAAUGAACUUAAACAGACAAGAGUGAAUAAAUUGUAUGAUAUACUGAAGGAUCCAUGCUGUAAACUGGAGAGAUUGAGGUUAAGGUCUUGUGAUAUAAAAGCUGAUGAUUGUUCAGCUCUGACUUCAGCUCUGAAAUCAAACCCAUCACACCUGAGAGAGCUGGACCUGAGUGGGAAUGAAAUAGGACAAUCGAGAGUGGAAAACCUCAGUGAUCUACUGAUGAACCCACAAUGCAAGCUGGAGAAACUAGCUCUGUGUGGAUGCAGUAUUACAGAGAAACAGUGUCUCAUCCUGACUUCAGCUCUGUGUUUAAACCCAUCACACCUGAGAGAACUGGACCUGAGUGAGAAUAAAAUAGAAAACACAGGAGUGAAACACUUAUGUGACGUACUGAAGGAUUCACACUGUAAACUGGAGAGAUUGAGUCUAAAUGACUGUGGCAUUACAGAUGUUGCUUGUUUGGCUCAGUCUUUGGCUGAAACAAAAGCACUGCAGUUUUUAAAAGAGCUUGAUCUGAGUAAAAAUAAAAUAGGAGACUCAAAGCAGCAGCUCAGUGACGUGCUACGAGACUCAAACUGUAACCUGAGCCUGGAGAAAGAACAUUCGCUCUUGAGAGCUGGUGUGAACUACAUUGGUAGUAUUGAUGGAUGGUUUACUUGGUCUAAAGCUCCGGAGGAACCUGUGAAAUCAACAGAAUAAGGGAAAUCACCGUCAGAUGAGGAAUCCUCAGAAGGUGAAACAGAGGAGGGAGAAGAGGCUCAUGAGCGCGCAAAAGAGGUGGAUUAGUAAGAAUACAAGUCUAUAGUAUAAGACCUUCAUCAUGAUGUCAAGAUUAAACUCGUCCAUAAUGAAGCAAUUAAAAUAUUGCUAAUCAUGACUGAAUGUAAUGUAGCACUUAUAUAUCAAAUAACAUAAACUGAGUCUAAAAUGAAAAUUGAAUUAUUAUGGGCUACAUGUACACAGAUUCAAAUCAGUGA